GUAUUGUGUAAAAACGUACACUGGACAUUUGGAAUGGGUACGGAUGGUAUCCCCAAGUGAGGAUGGCAAGUGGAUUGUAACCAGUUCGAAUGACCAGACCUCUCGACUUUGGGAAGUAUCAUCUGGAGAAUGCAAGAUGGAUUUUAGAGGUCAUGAUCACGUUGUAGAAUGUGCAAUUUUCGUUCCUGUCAUCGCUUAUCCUUUCAUACGAGAAUUGAUAGGUAUAGAUAAAGAUCCAAAAGCGACAUCUAGAGACCAACCAAUUCCCGCGCAAUAUAUUGUGACUGGUUCAAGGGAUAAAACAAUCAAACUGUGGGACUCAACAGGUCAAUGUGUAAAGACACUGGUGGGUCAUGAUAAUUGGAUACGUGGGUUAGUAUUCCACCCCACUGGCAAGUUUCUUCUCAGCGCAUCUGAUGACAAGACUGUUAAAAUAUGGGAUACGAAAACUGGUCGAUGCACAAAAACUCUAGAAGCGCAUGCACAUUUUGUAACGUGUAUCGCUUUUAAUACGAGUAACCCCGUGGUGGCAACGGGGUCUGUGGAUCAAACGGUAAAAAUUUGGGCUCCUUAUAGGUGA